AUGUCGUCCUCCAGCGUGCCAGCGAACCCGACCUCUCACAAUGUCGCCUCACUGCUACCGAAGCUCCAGGAUGCCGAUCCGGACAUUCGAUUCAUGAGCUUGACAGAUCUCAAUACGAUGCUGAACAACGGUCACCAAACCUUCCUUCAUCACGACUACACCACAUGCGCAAAGGUUGUAGAAGGCCUGCUACAUACCCUCAAUGACACCAACGGCGAUGUACAAAACACGGCGAUCAAGUGCUUGGGACCUUUCGUUAACAAGGCGCCUGAUACCAUCUUGUGUCCCACAAUCGAGAAGGUCAGCAACAUUCGGACAAGCAACUCGAUCGACACGUCAAUUCCAGCUUUGGCUGUGCGGGCCAUCGUGGUUGCCCUUCCACACCCGGUGCCCGGCGUUGCAAAGACCCAGAAAGUCACAGAUGCAUACAACGCAGUGUCAAAAGCUCUCAUACCACGUCUCGUGGGCCGAGUUGUCAUUCCACUGCCAGGCGGUAAGGUCGCCCCAGCUCCGCCGAAGGGAAUGCUGCAAGAAGAUCUCGAGACUGGAAACGACAGCAACAGCUUGGACGUUUUGACGGAGGUUGCGCGAUGCUUUGGCCCAAUGCUGCAGGACCCGGAGGUGGCAGCACUGGAGCAAAUCACAAUGCAGAUCCUGGAGACGGAGCGUUGCGGUACGGUCAUGAAGAAGAAAGCAGUGACAGCUUUGUCUGCGUUGGCCACCUACUUCAACGACGAUAUCCUCGCAAACCACGUCAGCUAUACGAUCAAUCAGCUGCGCCAACCCCAUCUCACGACUCAGCAACGCAAGCUGUACCUCACCGUCUAUGGCAGUCUAGCACGAAGCAUUCCUCAGAAGUUUGGGCCAUACCUCAAGACUCUCGCGCCGUUCGUUCUUUCUCCAUUAAGUCAAGAAGAGCUGGAGCAGCAGAGGGAAGCAGAGGCGGAGGCCGAUGGGGAGCGUGAUGUGCAUAUGGAAGAGGUCCGGGAAGCAUCCUUGAUCGCUCUGGAGAAUUUCUUGGAAGCCUGCGCUCAGGAUAUGAGGGCAUACACCAAGGACGUUGUGGACGCCGCGACUCGCUUCCUCAAGUACGACCCGAACAUGGCUGACGACGAUGACGAGGACAUGGAGGAGGAAGAAGAGGAAGACGAGUUCCUCGGCGAUGACGAUUUCGAGGAGGAGACGGGAUUUGAAGAUGAAGACGAUGUCAGCUGGAAGGUGCGCAGAUGCUCAGCAAAGGCCUUGCACGCUUUGGUGGGAGUCCUCGAUGCCAACGAUCCCGCGAUCUACGGACAAAUUGCGCCCGCGCUGAUUGCUCGGUUCAAGGAGAGGGAGGAGAGUGUGCGUACAGAAGUCCUCGCAACUCUAGCUUUCCUGAUAACCAAGACUGGAUCUAUUUCCAAUGUGCAAAAUAGCUCAGACCAUCCGACGCAGACGCAGAGCAGGAAGCGUAGACGAGGAUUUAGUGAAUCGCUCGGCUCCGAUCUUCACGCUCAGCAGUCGCUGAUGAAUGGCUAUGCUUCUCCCUCGACACCUCCACCAGUCGACAACGCCACGAAAGGGCUGGCAAAGAUCAACCCGGACAUUGUCAAGGGUGCUGCAAAGCUCCUCAAGUCCAGCACCGCGCCUACCAAGCAAAGCAUCAUUUCUCUUCUCAAAGACAUGGUCUCUGCUCAGCAAGGCGGGCUCUCUCAGCACGCCGAUCUUGUCAUUGAGCCUGUCAUCGAAGCAAUGAACUCAACAACUGGCUCGGUCUCGAAUGUCGCCGGAAACGCUCUUCGCAUCGAGGCCCUUGCUCUGCUGCGUGUAAUUGCCGAGAAGCAUUCCAGCAAAGUUGUGCAGCCUCACCUCAACCGUAUCGUCCCAGCUCUGGUCGCAGCGGCUAAGGAUCGCUACGCCAAGGUUUCUGGCGAGGCGUUCUCGACGAUUGAGGUCUUCAUCAAGGCACUUACUCCUCCCCGCUCUGCGGCAAGCAAGACCGGCGAUGUGUUGACCAAGCUCUAUCAAGUCAUCGUGGAGCGAAUCUCAGCUCAAGAUACUGAUACCGAAGUUCGUCAAAAGGCUGUCCGAGCUCUCGGCCUUCUCAUCGGUCGAACAUCCGGUCCUUCGGCUUCUAACUUGAUCUCUCAAGAGGAUCGCUUCGCUGGGCAACAGCUCAUCGCCGACCGCCUGAAGAAUGAGCUCACCCGACUUGCUUGUGUUCGAGCAGUUGACACCAUCGCCGUCCUGGCGCAGAACAAGAAAGACUUCAAGCCCGACUUCGUCGGUACCGUUGCUGUGGAGCUUGGUGCUCAGCUGCGCAAGGCCAGCCGCUCGCUUAGAGGUGCGAGUCUGAGUGCUCUGCGCAUGCUGGCCGUCAACGACGCUUCAAGAGCUACGAUGAGCGACAAGGUCAUCUCGCAACUGGUGGACGCGCUGGUCCCAUUGCUUGGAACAGAGGAUCUGCAUAUGAUGAGUCCAGCUUUGAUCGUGCUUGCUGCGUUGGCCAAGGACCAUCCAAAGCUCGUCGCCACACCCGCCGUUGUUCAGGGCAUCUGCGCGAUCGUCCGGUCUCCGCUGUCUGGCGUCGCUCUCGAUGCACUUCUCACCUGCGUUGAGGCCCUGGGACAUGCUCGUGCUGCAAAGCCACUCAUGUCGGCGCUGUUGCAGAUGGCGCCUCAGGGCGACACAGACGCGACCGGACAGGUCAUUGGUACAUUACUCGUCUCGGGCGGCGACAGUUCUGGUGUAACCUUGGAUGCGUUCCUCACCGAGCUCAAGUCGCAGCAAGAUGAAGCGAAGAAGUGUUUGGCGCUCUCUGUUCUUGGUGAGGCUGGUCUACGCAUGGGAGCUAGCUUCCCGCUUUCGCCAGACAGCUUCACACCAUACUUCGACAAUCCUUCGGAGAAGGUCAAGCUGGCCGCAGCCGUCGCUCUUGGGCGUGCUGGAGCGGGUAACGUCAAGGCGUAUCUACCCCAGAUUCUGCAAGGUAUGUCGCAAGGCAAGCAAUACCUGCUUCUGCACUCUGUCAAGGAGCUCCUCCAGCACAGCAAUGCCGAAGACGAAAUCCGACCCUACACCAAGAAUCUGUGGGACAACGUCAUCAGCUCUGGGCAGGCAGAGGACAACAAAGUUGUCGGCGCCGAGUGUGUCGGUCGCCUAGCGAUCAUCGAUCCGACUGCAUACUUGCCUCAGCUUCAGACGUUCCUCAAGAAUCCGAACCCCAUGAUUCGUGGCAUGGUCAUUUCCGCACUGCGUUACGUCUUCUCCGACACCGAAGAUUCGUACAACCCGAACUUGCAAGCAACCAUUAUCCCCAUGCUCUCCACCAUGUUGGACGACUCGGACCUCGACAAUCAGCGUCUUUCCCUCACAACAUUCAACUCUGCUCUGCACAACAAGCCAGAUCUCGUUCUGCCUCAUCUUGCAGAGCUACUGCCCAUGGCUAUGCAAGCUUCCGUCAUCCGGCCAGAACUCAUCCGCGAAGUCUCAAUGGGACCGUUCAAGCAUAAGAUCGACGAUGGUCUCGAGAUGCGCAAGUCCGCGUACGAGACGCUGUAUGCUCUUCUCGACUCAGCACCCUCUCGCCAACGCCUUGACAUGUCUGCCUUCUACGACCGUAUCGUGGCCGGUGUCGCCGAUGAGCACGAAAUCAAGAUUCUCUGCUGCCUAGUCCUCGGCAAGUUGGUCACUCUCGCUCCCAUCGAGUCUUCUCGCCGUCUUGAGCCUCUGGCUCAGCAGUUCCGCCUUGUCCUCGCUUUCAAGCCGAAAGAUAACGCAGUCAAGCAGGAACUCGAGAAGCUGGCGGAGCAGCAGAAGGCGGUGGUCAAAGUCUCCGCUGCCUUUAACAAAGCGCUCGGUAACGACAGUGAGAGCCGCGCUUGGAAGGAAUACUACGAAUGGGUCGGCAAGGACUUCCCGCAGUUGAGGAAGGCGGCCGAAGAGGAUCUUCGCAGCGGCGGUGCGGAAUUCUCUCAGCGAUAG